AACCUCGCAGUUUAUGGGAGGAGACAGCUGCAUUUGCGAAAAUAGCUUGAGUAACGGGGCUGAGCAAAGCCAGCCCGGUGACAGAUUGAGAGCAACAAAGCGGAAAGUGCAGGAUCGGCCAAACCUGAGAGCUGGGACGUGAGCUACACAAUGCGCGAUUACUUUCUAAAACAUACUUAAUUGUGUUUACAAGUGGCAGGCUGGGGAAAGAUAGAUCGAGUGCAAAAAUUAAAAUUUACGCAAUGGAUGGCUCCCGAAGAUGAUAGAGAGCGCAGAGUUAAGGUAGUUUAGCCGUCUAGCUUUUCCAACACACAGGAAGGAAAGAAAAAAAGGGCUGGAUAUAUAGACCGGCGCCACAAAAGCACCCUCCCAGUGUGAAUCAACCAAAAAGGACAGCGGCAGGCUUCUUAUACACAGCAGGCCAGCGAAAUAACCAAAAAAGGCAGAAGUACGAAACGGAGGAUAGCAAGAGUUGGUUUAAAAGUUGCAUGCGCGUGAUUUGACAACGAGUGUUGCAUUGCAAACAAAACUUGUGGUCUGCUAUUAGCAACUAUCUUAAUCGUUGAAUAUUGACUAUUUUAAACAAAAGCCAUAAUCUUUUGGUACCCAUGGCAGCCGAAGCACUUGAAAGUCAGGCAGUGGUAGGUGAUAUUGGAUCGACUAAAAACAGUUCGGAAUCAGAUUCAGACACACCCAGGCUAGUCGUAUCUCAAAAAGUGGAACCGAGGCCACCAGCAGCAACACUGACCCCAGAUGAAGUCUCUGAAUCGCCACGGCACAGGAUGUCACCUUCAUUAGUGACUACUGAUGGUGCAGCUUUAGCGACUCCAACCAAAACAGCAGGUCCGCUACAGGAGGCUGCGAACGUUAGGACCUCUAGCAUUGGUAGAAGUUAUGAACCGCUCUCCUCAGAACAGAAUGGAAGCCUGCUCGAGAGGCAGGAGUCGGUUGCCACCACAGAGGCCAGGCUGAGGAUGGAGGGUGUGGAGCUGAAAGAAGAAUGGCAGGAUGAAGAUUUCCCAAGGCCACUUCCAGAAGAGGAGGACAUCCACAUGGAUGGGGAGCUUUUCACAGCCUCUGGGAGAGAAAACCAUCCUGUUCCACAGUCUUUUGAGAUGAACAGCGAUAAGAAACCCAGGAAGAAGCUAGCGGCCCCCAAUAUCAGUCUGACACUGAAUCGCAGCGAUGGGUCCCUGCUGUCAGAUGAGCUGGAGGAGAGCGGGGAGUUGGAUCUGGAUGAUAUGGACACCCCCUCUGACAACAGCAAUGAGUUUGAAUGGGAAGAUGAUCUUCCAAAGCCCAAGACGACUGAGGUUCUCCGAAAGGGCGUGGACUCGAUCCAGGAGUACUCCUCCACGGACGAGAGGGAGGAGGGGCGGCGCUGGCGACUGUUCAGGAUCGGAGAUCAGGACCACAGAGUGGACAUGAAGACGAUCGAGCCCUACAAGAGGGUGAUCAGUCACGGAGGUUACUAUGGAGAUGGCUUGAAUGCCAUCAUCGUGUUUGCUGUGUGUUUCAUGCCAGAGGGCAGUCUGCCCAAUUACAGAUAUAUUAUGGACAAUCUUUUUAAGUAUGUAAUUGGUACCCUAGAACUGCUGGUCGCUGAGAACUAUAUGAUAGUGUAUUUAAAUGGUGCUACAACGCGCCGAAAGAUGCCAAGUUUGGGCUGGCUCCGGAAAUGCUAUCAGCAGAUCGACAGGAGGUUACGGAAAAACCUGAAAUCCUUAAUAAUUGUUCACCCUUCCUGGUUUAUCAGGACACUUCUGGCUGUCACACGGCCGUUCAUAAGCUCAAAAUUUAGCCAAAAAAUCAAGUAUGUCUUCACCUUAACAGAGCUAGCUGAGCUAGUCCCUAUGGAGUAUGUUUCUAUACCAGAGUGCAUCAAACAGUACGAAGAAGAAAAAUUUAGGAAAACACGUAAAAGAAUUCUAUUUUGUUCUCUUUCGCUAAGACAGGGAAGCUCAGUACAUCAUCUGUGAGUAUUGCAUCCCUAGCAGUAUAUUAUUUUACAUUAAGAUAUUGUACUAUUUGUGUUCCACCUCAUAAUAAGAAUGGACAGUCCCAUGCUCUGAAGGAACAUUGGAACACUCCCUACACUCUGCAGGAACCAAGCAGCAAGGAGAGAGGGGGGUGGGGGGUGGCUACCUCUGAUCUAGCUGCAAGUGUAUUUCUCACUCACUCCUUGCUGUGUCGGGCCCACGAGUGAAGUGAGUUGGGUCUGUAUAACAAAGACGGCAAGAGAAAGUACGCUUUCAACGUGAUUAGGGGUAGCCAUCGAACAUACCAUAAGUCAUUAAAUCAAAAUCUUAGACAAAAAUGUGAUAUUUACGCACUUAAUCUGUUUAUAUGUAAUCUGUUGUAGUUUAAACAGAAUGCUUUGUCAUUGAAAUUCUGAGUGCAAGAUCUACACUCCCAGUGAAAUCCUAAGUGCACUGGUAGGUUUCAAUGGGGAUGUGACUUAUAAUUGUUAACGGAAGUCAAAAGGCUAUUUAGUUAUAAUUUCACCAUUGCUCAUUUCUUCUCAUCCUACAUCAGUUUCACAAAACCCUGCUCAUUUAAUCUCAAAUGUAAUUUGUUCAAAACAUCCCAAUUUCCCCCUUUCACUGCUCUAUAGUUUUAUGUUUUAAAAAAGUAGUGUCUCAAUCUGUGAGUUAACCAAUAUUUUGAUUUGAACAGUAUGCCUAGCUGAGCUUCAAUCAACUCCAAUCUCAUUACACUGCUGAAAUCGGUUUGUCUAAAUCUGUAAACCACAGACUGACCCACUACCUCCAUAUCCUUGAUGUAAAAAGACUUGACCCUUCUUAAAGAUAAUUCAGUUGUGCACUGUUCACAAAAUAUUCCUUAGAUUUAUUGGGUUGUACUUAUUACAGUGAGAUUAAGAAAAGGUUUUUGGAUUAAUCAAUCAGUGCUCUUCCUCCUUCUUGCCUUGAAUUUGACGAGAAUUGAAUUUGGACAUAAUUCAUGACAGGAAACUGGAAUACUUUUAAUUAUUUUCAGUCAAAGGCAGGCCUAUCUGAAGUAGACAAAUUGAUGUAGCCAUUUUGGCAUUACAGGCCUUGCAUAUGUAGAACUCAUAAGGCAGCCCUCUUACAACAAUAUGAGAAGAAAGGGUGGAGAUCACGGGACUGAUGCUAACAAAACAACUAAUAAAGCCUGAUUCACACGUUAAUACAACCUGAGAUGCAUUUUCAUGCAAAUGAUGUUGCAUUUUACUGAAACGUUUACUGCACUGUGAUAAAGCAAAUUACUGAAAAGUUAACUACUGUUAGUAAUGUCAGCUUGCUCUGUGAUGUCAUUUCAAGAGUACAUUUUUUGGGUGAACGCUCAGUUGUGUCACAGAGCAGAUGCCUUUCUAGAGCACUUGAACAAAUGUCAUUUUUACUGAAGAACUUUAUCUUCAAAAUGUAUUCUUGCAGGAAUACUGCAAGGGAACAGAGCUUUGCUUGAAUGGUGUUGGAAACGUUUCACGAUAUGAAUUCGAAACAAAAAAAAAGUCUGUGAAUGCAUCCUUCACUGAUGGAGAAAUAUUACAGAGAAGCUCUUUAUGUUCUUUCCAGUAAUUAUCCUGUGGUUUAUGAGUUUGUCCUAACAGGUCAGCAUGACGCAAUGUUUAGACAUGUCCUAAAAUCCCACUGGUUGCCAGUGUUAACAACAAACAGUGGAAAUUGUUUGCAUCGGGAAGAUAAUGGAUGUUUUUUGUAUCAUUCUGCAAAUUAGGUUUGAACGCUGAAGCCCCAGAAUGGAAAAUUAGCAUCUUUUUUGCUUGGUAAUAAAGUCAGUGGCUGUUUUGUGUUUGUGGAGGACAGGGUUCACACUGGUUAUUUGGUGACCGUGGACUAUUGGUUGUUGUGUUCUUAGGUGUGGCACUGUGGUGGUUGUAAAAGUCACGUAGCACUCUUUUCUUCAAGACCCCUUUAAAGGCAGUGCAUCUAAACCAACAAUUGUUGGUUAUGACAGAACCAUAUUUUAUGAAAGCAAAAAGCGAUUGCUUGUUCUUUGCAAAAGCUGCUGGGAGAUUUCCUCUCUUGCAGUUGCUGUUUCUCCUAAGUGUUAUGUGAUUAGGUUAGAUUCUAGUAACCAGGAAAGCAUAGGCCGAUUACUGUACAUAGGACAAAAUUAAAACAGUUGCUGUUUCUUUCAUGAAUUGUGGUUCCUUCAUGACAAAAUAAGAUACGCAGUCAACUGUACAGUUUCUUUUCAUUUUCAUCCUGUAAGUACUGUAGCAUUCUUCCAUGUUAGUUUAGACAACAGGCGUUACACAAAUGUUGUCCUCUCCUGAUAAUUCUCUUCAAAUCAAGGGUUGCCAUUGUACCUGUAAACUUGCACAAAUAACGAGAUGGUCGUCACAGUUAAGGUUAAUCCACUUACAAAGCAAAAAGCAAAGCAGGAAAAAUUGAUUAAAAUUAAUUGAUCAUAGUGAUUUAGCAAGGAUUUGCACUCACUCACUAGCUUUCUGUGGAGAUCAGUAAAAUCUCAUACCAGAAGCUUCCUUUUUUUUUUUUUUUUUUUUUUUUUUUUUUUGGCGCAUUAGAGACUGAAGACGCAGGACAGAAUUGUACAGUUGCCCAGCAUGUGAAAAACGACACUUGUUGUAGAACAUGAUGUAUUUAAUUUCAUUAUCAUAAGCAGGGGGGCAAGUACGGAAUUCAUAUUAACAGCGUGGAAUCGGGACCCCCUCCCCAACUACCUCUGUUUUGCUUUUAUUUUGAAUCCACAGACUUGACAAGGAUAUGCUUGGGAAACAGGAGACAGCAGCAGCCCAACAGUGAGAGACCCAAUCCUCUUGCUUCAUGGAAAGAUGCGACAGACUGAAGAAUGUGCAGGAAGAAUGCUGCUUUAAUGUAUUUACAUUGCAUUGGUCAGCCAUUGCCUUUAGAUGUUAUUGUUCUAAAAUAAGAGCCUUUCUUAAUAUUGUGGGAGCCUGUGAUGUCAUUGCAACGGUCACUUGUAUUUGUAUGCCAAACACUUGUGUACAGGACGAUCUACAAGCAUCUUGUACCUAUCAUGCCAAACUUUAAGAUAUAUAUAUAUAUAUAAUGUGUGUGUGUGUGUGGCACUAAUUUUGAAUGAUGCAUGUUCUUCAGUACAUUUAAAAAUAUAUAUUUAUAUUCAUAAGUGGAAAAGGAUAGAGAUUAAUAUAUUUUUUAUGGUGGAUAUGAUCAAUAUUGAGCAAUAUUUUAUAGGUCUGUGAACCUGCAGCAUGUGUAUUAUACAAGCCUAAGGCAGAGACUUUCUUUGCUCUUUUGACUGCUAGUGGUCUGCAUUAAAAGGCUCGCAUGUGUUUGUUGUGCAUGCAAUAAAAGAUAAGCCAUUAUGGGAACCUGUUAAUAGUUAGAUGUAGUAAAAGGGAGAAUGUAGAUGUAAUGAGGAAAGAAGAAUUGUUUUUCACUUGGGAAUGUAACUUCUGUAGUCUGUUACUGACUUGUCAAAUGUAUGUAAAAAGUAUGUUAUUGUACAUUUACUGAUUGCAAGUAAACUGCCUAUUGCAAGAAAAGCCCAUUACUGUACACAUUUUAUAUUAAAUUCACAAAUCCCAGUUUGAGUUAGUUGUAACUCUCUCUGCAGUAACUUUGCAAAAAGACAACCCUUUUCUACAGGAUAAUUUGUUCAUUCAUUUCAGUGUCUUACACAAAAAGAAGUCUUUCAAAAACAUAGGGUCAUACCAAAGACCUAAUUAAAUUGUCUGCUGUGUUACAUCUCCUAGACCUAUGUAGAGGUCUGCAGUGUUGAAAGACUUCAAUUAGCCCACUACAUGUUAUUUAUUUUUAAACACCCAAUCAUAUCUAUGUAUUUUUGUGUAUGUAUGAAUGUGCGUAUCUAAAAAUAUUUAUGUAUAUACAGUACUAGUGUACAUUUGUAAUAAAAGGUAUUGAUUGUGGCUUGUAGGGUGGGAUAGGACUCUACCGGCUGUUUAAUAAACCCUUUUGGUGCUGGAAUGCAAGAUUGAAUAAAACAUUGCUCCACUAGAAGGUGCCAGAUAUCCAUGAUCCCAUUCAGUUAAUCCCAGCUGCGCCAGAAUGUUGUUACAAACCUCAAGGGAAAAGUUGCUUCAGCUAUAAAAAGUGACAACUCAUUUCCUGAGCUUAUGUGGUUCCGGUACUGUGCAAGUUAUGAGUUAUGCAUUUUUGAUGACUUAAGUUUAGAUAAUGAUUAGACCUCGGCAGCACAGCUCUCUAACCAGUGAGCUCAAGACGUGUGUGGACAGCUGCUGCUUAGUCAGGAAUAAUGGUACAUUUUAGCUGCAUUUCUUCCAGGAGGAAUACACUGUAUCUGGUCAUUUUACUGUUUAAAAUAAUAUCUGAGUGUGUUUAUCAAUUGAAGGUUGUGUUUUAAAUAUGGAAGCUCCGAAAAUAUGUAUGGUCAGAUCUAUUUUCUGUUCUUUUCUGGUUUCAAUAACAUUUCCCUGUUCCUUUAUGAUUAUGCAGAUCAACUUCUCGUCACAAAUAACUUUUUCUCACAUGAAGGUCUGCCUUCAGCUAUCUGUUGGUAAUACCCCUUAACAUACCAAGCACUGACUAGCGAGUAACGCUCAAUGAGUUUUAAUGAAACUGAGGAACAGGGAAUGACAGUAAAACAUUUCUUUUGUAAGGAAUACUGUGCCCAACGCAGAGAGCCUUGGGGGACUGGAACACGUACAAACCAACACAGGACUGCUCUCUUGCAUAUACCUUCAUAGUUGUGUAAUAGUUAGAGACUUGGUGGAAACCUAUUGAGAAGUUUAAGCAUAUUAAGAAUGGGUUUUUAAAUUUGAUGUGGAUUUGCUCACUAAAUAAGCAGUUUGUUCACGCUGUACAUUGUAUUCACUUAAUCCAAAACCACAUAAUGUAACUGUACUAAAAAAACUGACAAAAUCUUUGAUGAGAAGGGUUUUAAUAUUGAGAAAGACUUUGUGAAGCGUUUGUCUAAAUCCUAACGUUAUCUUGUUUUGUUUAGUAUUACUUACACUUCCCUACCCCUCCCAACUGGUUCAGUACAUUCUUGUUUUCCCUGUCAGUCUGUUCAGUAACGCUCAAACGUCCAAGACUACCACAGUGUUUAGCACAGCUAUUGUCACAUCUGCAUUAACUUUUGUUAAAAUGUAUUUUGAGCCCAGUUAAUCAGCGUGGGUAUUUAACAGGUGGAGAAAUGAGCAAAUCCUAUUGGCUGGGGAUAUUGCAAUGGGUAACCUCUACAGCUUGUGCUAAUGAUGCUGGCCUUACGUGAACAUUGUACAGCACAGUGCCAAGCCUUGCUGUACAUGCUGUAGAGGUGGAAUCAUGUUUGAACUGCACUUUCUUUUUGUAAGCAAUAGGUUUUGUAUUUUAGGAAAUUAAAACGUCUUCAGUUUACUGUACAGUUUGACAGUAUUAUGUAGAAGCUGUCAGUUGUUACUGUUACUGUAAAUCAUUUAUACUAAAACCCACAACAGUCUGCUUUCAUUUUAAUUCAAUUAGAGAUUUGAAACCAAAAAUGUAAGAAAUAUUUCAUAUAUUAGUCUGAAAUUCUGCUUUAAAUGAUUUCCAUCCAUAAAAGCUAUAACAUUUUAUCUGAGUGAGAGAGAGAGAGCGUAUUUAUAUGUAUAACUAUAAAAGGUAAUCAGACAACAAAUGCAAUUAAUCGAAAACUGGAACAGUAACACGCGAUUAGUUAUGUUUCUGUCUGUUAGUGUGAUACACCUCCUUAAGUUAUACUGUAUGUGUGACCUGAAUUAUAACAUGAGCUCUGUUACAAUGGGUAUUCCCUCAAAAUGCCAUAAUAAAAACAUAUUUGAUGUAAACUGAA